AGCACCUUUGUGGCUCUUGGCCGAAAGUUGCCAGAGACCAAGUUGUGGCAAAAGCACAACAACAUCAACCGUCCAGCUCCUAACCGACCCACCGUUUUUUGCAACUUCACAAAGUGCACCAAUGGCACUCCAGGAACGGCAUCGAUGGAUGGCGGCCAACGUGGCCGCAGCCUUUGGCAUGUCCGACAGGGUCCACGUCGUCGAGCAAGUCUUGGGCGAGUACAAUAACCUUAAGAAGUUGAAUGACUUCCUUGAAGGCAAAAGCAAACACAAGCACGUUUUCGUGUACUACCAGCGGCCCGAUGUGAUCAACGACGCCAAUGAGCUUGUAGAUGCAAAAGGUGAUGCCAAGCUCAUGAUCACCACGGGUGAGCAUGAGGAUGUACGAAUAAAGAACCGAGCAGUUUAUUUCCUCCGAAACGUGGCUGAUUCCAAGCCCGUGAAGGCGGACGUCGCCUCUGACGGCGACCUUCUGUUCGGCGAGAUGGCAGCAUCUCCACUGGAGAGUGACCCAGGGUCGGAUGGGGAUCCCAACCGUCGAACCGGACGGAGGAUGGGUGUGGGGUUCGUCUGGCGAGAAGGUCGCAACGAUCGGGCUUGGGCCGAACGAACGAAUGCCGCGCGGCCUUGUACACCUGGUCCGGUGGAAGAGCUGCAGAUCAUCAAUAAACGCAUGUUUUUCCAGCUGGACGCGGAAUUGCCUGUUGGGCGGAGCAAGCCCAUGAGCGCGGAGGCCAAGGCGGUGGUCCUCGAGGACUUGGUGCGACUGAGGUUGGUCGAUUCCGCCACGGGAGGGGAGGUUUCGUCGAGGUUCAAGACCACCUUUGAGAAGUUCACCAUUGAACUCUCACAGGGCAUCCAGUCGCUCUCGGGCGGCAUCGAUUUGCCGAGCCCGGAGCCCACGGAAGUGGAUCUGCGAAAUCAGACCUUGAACGACGUGGCCAAGGACCAUCCAGAGCUGGUCACCAAGUAUGAACAGCUCCUGGAGGUUUGGUGUCGCCAAAUCGAGCAAUACCUGGAGACCACCUUGGAAGGUCAGCAGAAGGACUCUGCAGGGGACCAAGGGCCCCGAACGGAGCUGGACUUCUGGCGAAACAGGCUACAGAAGAUCACCUCGAUCACGGAGCAACUCAGGACGAAAGAGCGGAAGAUGGUCUUCGGCUUGCUGCGUACUAUCACAAACGUGAGUCAGGAGGUAGCUCCGAAGAACCGCCAGUCAGUUUUCAACACGCUCCGGAGAUGGAAACAGAUUGAGAUUGCCAUCACCGAAGCGUUCAACGAGGCCAAAGACAAUGUGAAGUAUUUGACAACCUUAGAGAAGUUCAUCGAGCCAUUGUACACAGGCACUCCAAGCACCAUCAUCGACACCCUGCCAGCAUUGAUGAAUGCGGUGAAGAUGAUCCACACAAUCGCACGCUACUACAACACAACCGAACGCAUGACCAACCUUUUCGCCAAGAUCACCAACCAGAUGAUCACCAAUUGCAAGGAAUGUGUUUUGGAAGGUGAAGAGUCAGAGUUCUUGUGGCAGAAAGAUCCCUUGGUGCUCAUCAAGAAUCUCUGGUCCUGCAUCCGUCUGAAUGAUGAAUACCAGGAGUACUAUCGCCAGACGAAGGAGACUCUUUUGACCCUUCCCAAGGGCAAACAGUUCGACUUCAGCGAGACGCUGAUUUUCGGUCGUUUCGACCUCUUCUGCCGACGAGUCACGAAGCUCAUCGACAUGUUCCAGACGGUGCAUCAGUUCACGUCUCUGUCCCAGCACCGGUUCGAUGGGAUGGAGCCACUGGUCUUAUCCUUUAAGAAGACCCUGGAGGAGUUCCAGUUCAAGCGACACGACCUCUUGGACUUCCACAACAACCGCUUCGACCGGGACUACGUGGAGUUCAACGUCCGUAUCUCCGAUCUGGAGAGCAACCUGAGAAUGUUCAUCAAUCAGUCUUUUGAGGCCAUUGCCUCGAUCGAAUCUUCCUUGAAGCUGCUUGCGAAGUUCCAGAGCAUCUUGCAGCGCGACAGCUUGCGACAAGACCUGGAGACGAAGUUUGCGGUGAUCUUUCACAACUACGGCUUGGAACUCACGCAUGUGCAAGACCAGUACGAGAAAUACAAGACAGGUCCGCCACUCGUGAGGAACUUGCCUCCAGUAGCAGGGCACAUUACGUGGUCCAGGCACCUCUACAGGCGAAUCGAGGGGCCCAUGCAGAAGUUCCAGACCAAUCCAGCUGUCUUGGCUGGAAGGGACUCACGUAAGUUGAUCCGGAUGUACAACAAGAUGGCCAAGACCUUGGUCGAGUUUGAAACACUCUGGUACCAGGCCUGGGUAAGCAGCAUCGAGACGGUGAAGUCGGGUCUUCAAGCCACCUUGAUCAUCAAGCACCCGGAUGAUGGGAUGCGUUUCCAUGUGAACUUCGAUUGGGAGAUUCUGCAGCUCAUUCGUGAGACGCGCUGUCUCGACCGCAUGGGAGGCGUUGAGAUUCCAGAAUCCGCCAAGAUGAUCUUGCUACAGGAGCAAAAGUUCAAGACCUACAACCAUGAGCUCUCCUUCUUCUUGAAGGAAUACCGCCGCGUCACGCAGUCCGUCAAGCCGAUCGCCACGAAUUUGAUGCGGCCUCAUAUGGAGAACCUGGAGUUCAAAAUGAGGCCUGGAUUGGUGAUUCUUACUUGGACCUCUAUGAACAUCGAGGCUUACCUGGAUGAGGUCUGGAAAGAGCUCGACAGGCUGGAGCAAUUGGUUUUGGCGGUGAACGACCUCAUGGAGAGCCGCAUUGAUGCGAAUCUGAAGAUCGUGUCGAACGUGCUCCUGGUGAACCUUCCAGAGGAGCAAGAGCUCGUGACCUUGGAAGAGUUCGUGGAGAUGCAGGAGCGACACGUGCGCGCCACCACCGACUUUUUGGUGGCCAAGAAUGUGGAGAUUGAGAACGCUGUGAACGACAUGCUGGGUAUGAUCGUCGGCUUUGAGCUGGAACCCCAUGUGCCAGCGGUGACUGAAAGUGAAAUCAUCAAGGUGAAGGCCCAUUAUAAUUGGUCGAUGUACCAAGCCCUCUUGAACGCCACCAAGAGCUCUCUGAAGGCAAUGAAGCUCAGGCUGUCUUCCAACUACAGGGAAGGCAAGCCGCCGCCUCCAGCCUUCUUUGAGGUCGACCUUCAAUUGGAUGGCAUCGGGGUGCGCUUGGACCCUUCGGUGGAAGAGAUUCAGGCUGCCAUCAACGGUGGAGCUGUGGCAGUUCUGAAAUGUUCGAAGAUGAUUGAAGCUUGGGAUACUGUGACCAUCCCCAAGAACGUGCAGCUCAUCUUGGACGCGAACCUUCCACCCGUGCAGGGCACCGGCUCGCAAGGUACAUUCUACGACCGCAUUGCGCAGGAUCGAGAAAUCCUCAAGGUGGUGCUGCUCCUGACUGGUAGCAUCCAGUCGGCCAAGAACAUGUGCAACAGCUACCUCACCACCUUCAGCGAGUAUGAAUGGACCUGGAAGGAGGACAUCGACAAGAAGUACCAGGAAUUCAAAAACACCGAGCCCAGCCUGGACGAUUUCGAGUCCAAGUUGAAGGAGUUUGUUGCUAUGGAGAGCAAGGUUGAGCAGCUCACCGGUCAACACCAGAUCUCGGCUCUGAUGCUGAAGACCGGGAGCUUGGCACAAGACCUCAAAGGCCUGGCUGACAAGUGGAAGUCCUGCUUUGCGAAGGAGCUACAUAAAGAGGCCUUUGCCAAGCUGGAGGCUGUCAGCGAGAUGGUGAAGUCGACCAGGAAGAAGCUCUUGCGAGAGGUGGGUUCGGGCGACAUCGACGCCUUGGCCUAUGUGAUGCAGACCUUGCAGGAAGUCUAUGCCAAGCAGAGCGAGAUCGAGCUGGACUUCAUUCCAAUUGAGCACAUGUAUCGGAUCCUGGAUGAGCAUUUGCCCAAUAUCAUGGACAAGGAAGAGCAAGAUACCCGUUCCAUGCUCAAGAAGAAUUGGAAGGACUUGUUGGAAGAGAGCGAAGCUCGCCAACAUGAGCUCUCCAACAAGCAGAUCCAAUACAAGAAGGAUCUCAUCAAAACCGUGAACUCCUUCAAGAAGGACGUCGCGCGCUUCCGGGCCGAGUACGAGCGCAGCGGGCCCAUGGUGAAGGGCAUUCCACCGCGGGAGGCCGUCGAGCGCCUGAAGCGAUUCAAAGAGGAGUUCGAGGUCCGAGAUCGAAAGCAGGAAAUCUACUACAUUGGUGAAGACCUCUUCGGCGUCCCUCACCAACGCUAUCCUGCACUGGACACCACAAGGCAAGAGCUUGGCUAUCUAUCGCAGCUUUACGAUCUCUAUGUGGCUGUGCUGGAGACCAUCAAGGAGUGGCGAGACUACCUCUGGUGUGAUGUGGGUGAAAACAUGGAGACCAUGCAGAAGACGAUCGAUAGCUUCGCGGCACGCUGCAAGAAGAUGCCCCGGCAGUUGCGCGAGUGGCCGGCCUACAACGAGCUGAAGAAGGAGAUCGAGGAUUUCCAAGGCGUUCUGCCUUUGUUGCUCGAGUUGGGCAAGCCAAGUAUCAUGCCCCGGCACUGGCAGCAGGUCAUGGACAUCACAGGGAAGGACUUGCCCAUCGACUCGGAGAACUUCAAACUCCAGUCGCUGAUCGACGCGCAACUCAAUGAGUUCACGGAUGAGAUCUCGGACAUCUGUGAGGGCGCGGACAAGCAGCUGGUGAUUGAGAGCAAGCUGAAGGAGAUCUCUGCGCAAUGGGAAGGGAUGAUGUUCGACUUCGGCACUUGGAAGAGCCGCGAUUUUCCCUGCGUGUUGUCAGGCGCCAAGGUGGGCGAGACACAAGAGGCCCUGGAGGAGACCAUGAUGAACCUGAACACCAUGAAUGCACAGCGCCACUCCAUCCCUUUCAAAGAAGAGCUCAACGGCCUGCUGUCCACUCUGUCCGACACAGGGGACACCAUCGAGCGAUGGUUUAAGGUGCAGCAGAUGUGGACUUCCCUGGAGUCCGUCUUCACCGGCGGUGAUAUCGCCAAGCAGAUGCCCAUGGAGGAGCGGUCGUGGUGGCCUCCGUGGUGGCCGACAUCGACCGUGGACGGGGCGAAGAAGUUUCAGCAGAUCGACAAGGAUUGGCAGAAGAUCAUGCAGAAGUCUGCAGACACCAAGUAUGUCGUGCCUUGCUGUCAGAAUGACAUGCUGAAGCAGAUGCUGCCAGUUCUUUCGGAGGGUUUAGAAAAGUGCCAAAAGUCGCUGGAAAGUUACCUGGAGGGCAAGCGAAACAAGUUCCCGCGAUUUUACUUCACCUCAGAUCCCGUGCUGCUGAAGAUCUUAUCACAGGGAAGUGAUCCGGAGAGCAUCCAAGAGGACUUCGAAAAGCUCUUUGAUGCCAUCAACAGGGUCCAGUUUGACAAGGUGGACCGAAAAAAAGUGAAGAUCAUGGAGACGCAUGGCCCGGUCCAAGAGGAAGUCUCCUUGCAGGUGCCAGUGCAAGCGCAAGGCAACAUCGAGGAUUGGCUUCUGGCUUUGGAGUCGGAGAUGCAACGCUCAGUGCGGCGAGAAUGCAACAUUUGCUCCCGAGAGUGUGGGCAGGUGCUGAAUGGUACAUCGAUGUCCGACUUCGGUAAGAAGUGUAUUGCGCAAGUGUCUUUGCUGGGUAUUCAGCUCAUCUGGACCACCGACUUCCAAGAUGCCUUGACGCGCAUGGCCCGGGACAAGGACAAGGCGGUCAUGGGGCAAGCCAACAAGAAGUUCUCGCAAAUGCUGACGGAUCUCGUAGCUAUUUGUCUCACGAACCUGCCCUCCAAGAUGGAACGGACCAAGUUCGAGACUUUGGUCACAGUCCAUGUCCAUCAAAAGGAUUUGUUCCUGGAGGUGUGGAAGAAGGCUCGUGAGGGAAAAGUGAAGGAUGAGAACGACUUUGAGUGGCUGAAGCAGACAAGGCUGUAUUGGAAGGCAGAGACCGACCACGCAGUGGUCUCCAUCGCCGAUGUGGACUUCGUGUACUCCUACGAGUAUUUGGGCUGCAAGGAACGCCUGGUGAUCACCGCCCUGACCGAUCGAUGCUAUGUGACCCAAUCACAGGCGCUGGGGAUGUUCUUUGGCGGUGCGCCGGCUGGGCCGGCGGGCACCGGGAAGACCGAGACCACCAAGGACAUGGGCCGCACAUUGGGAGUCUUCGUGGUCGUCACCAACUGCUCGGAUCAGCACCGCUUCCGAGACAUGGCGAAGAUCUUCAAGGGCCUUUGUAUGAGUGGACUGUGGGGAUGCUUCGAUGAGUUCAACCGCAUCGAGCUCGAAGUCUUGAGCGUGGUAGCCAUGCAGGUGGAGUCGAUCUGUUCGGCCAAGCGGCAAGCGGUGGCCACCUUCAUGUUCCCAGGCGAGCCACAGCCCAUCAAGCUGGUCCCAUCAGUCGGCUACUUCAUCACCAUGAACCCAGGCUAUGCCGGGCGACAGGAGUUGCCUGAGAACGUGAAGGCUCUCUUCCGAAGUGUCGUCGCUCAGCUCAGUGGCGCGAUGAUGGUGCCCAACAGAGAGACCAUCAUGAAGGUGAAGUUGGCCUCUGUAGGAUACUCCCAGUUCGAGCUGCUGGGCAAGAAGUUCUGCAUCCUGUAUGCCCUUUGCGAGCAGCAGCUGAGCAAGCAGAGGCUGAAGAAGAUGCACUACGACUUUGGAUUGCGGAAUAUCCUCAGUGUUCUUCGAACCAGUGGUGGAGUAAAGCGACAAGAGCCUCCAGACACUGAUGAGGUGGCGGAUGAUGUGCCGCUCUUCUUGGCGCUGCUGAAGGAUCUCUUCCCCAAGGUGACUGAUCCACCAAAGAAGGUCUACAAGAACGUGGAAGAUGGCUCCAGGGCAUUGAUCGCCAAGAACCUUCUGGUUGACUGGGACACCUGGAUGCUCAAGGUGAUUCAGCUGUAUGAGACAUCGCUCGUGCGCCACGGUUUCAUGUUGGUGGGGCCAACACUCUGUGGAAAGACAGAGAUCCGAGACAUUUUGACCACCUGCCUGCACAAUGAUGGCUUGGCGCACAAGCAAGUGGUCAUGAACCCCAAGGCCAUCACAGACUCUCAGAUGUACGGGUAUAAGGAUCCCAUCAGUGAAGAAUGGACACCGGGCGUGUUUGCCUCCAUCUGGCAGAGGUACAACAACCGAUCCCUGAAGUACACCACCUGGAUCGUGUGCGAUGGCCCAGUAGACGCCAUUUGGAUUGAGAAUCUGAACACCGUGCUGGACGACAACAAGAUUCUGACCUUGGCCAACAAUGACCGCAUUCCCAUGACUGACAACUGCAAGAUUGUCUUCGAGGUGGAAAACCUUCGAAACGCAUCACCUGCCACCGUGUCACGCGCGGGCAUCAUCUAUGUGAGCGCUUCGGACUUGGGCUGGCAACCAAUCAAAGACACCUGGAUGCUGCGACGUCCGGAAAUCAAUGCCUCACGACAGGCCGAAGUGGACAUUUUGAAGCCUCUCUUCGACAAGUGGCUGAAGAGCAAGCCCCCGAAUUCGGGCGCAGCUGAAGACUUCUUCGAUUGGUGCAUGCGAAACAUCAAGCUAGUGAUGCCUUGCAACGAUUCCAUCCUCAUUUGCCAGACACUGAACCUGCUUUCAGCUUCCUUGAAGCCCUAUGUGGAUGAGAACUCUAUUCCGGGAGAGGACACUUACCGGCGCAUUUUGUGCUGGUGCAUCAUGUGGGGCUUCGGCGGCCUGCUGGAGCCUGAAAUGAGGAAGGUGAUUUGGGCCAAGUUCGUGGAAAUCUUGGAAGAGCACAAACACAAGGACGCGAUCCCGCCCUGCGAAGAAGGUCAGACCAUCUUCGAAUGGGUGCCUGACUGGACCGACAAGACUCGCCCUUGGAAGAAAUGGGAACCCGACGAGUGGAAAGCUCCCAAGGUGCUGAAUUUCUCAGCUCUCUUGAUCCCCACCAUGGACUCUGUGCGCGCCGAGUACAUCAUGGAUAUCGUGGCCAAGCACGAUGUCACGCGGACGCCACCGGCCUUUAAGUCCUGCAUGUUGGUGGGAGCACCGGGUACAGCCAAGACCUCAACGGCCUUGAUGUAUGUUGGCAGAUUCUCUCAGGAUACAAUGCUCUCCAAGCGUUUGAAUCUGAGCAGUGCGACCCAGCCGUUGGGCUUCCAGAAGAGCAUCGAGGGCGAGAUUGAACGAAAGACUGGCAAGACCUUCUGCCCACCUGGUGGCAAGAAGAUGACCGUCUUCGUUGAUGAUGCCGCCAUGCCUUUGGUGAACAAGUGGGGCGAUCAGAUCACCAAUGAAUUGGCGCGACAGCUGAUUGAGAUGAGCGGCUUCUACUUCUUGGACAAAGACAAGCGUGGAGACUUUAAGAGCAUCGAAGGCUUGCAGUACAUUGGUGCAAUGGGACAUCCAGGCGGUGGAAAGAACGACAUCCCCAACCGCUACAAGUCCAAGUUCAUGUGCUUCAACAUGGUGCUGCCCUCCACGGUCUCUGUGGAUAACAUCUUCGGCAGCAUCAUGAAGUCCAAGUUCAGCAACAAGGCCGGUGCCAAGCCUGAAGUCAUUGACAUGAGCAAGAAGCUGACGGCGGCCACGGUGGAUGUCUGGGAUCGUGUGAAGGCCAAGUUGCUGCCCACGCCCUUGCGUUUCCACUACGUCUUCAACAUGCGAGACCUGAGUCGUGUCUUCCAGGGCAUCAUGGAGUGCCCAGUGAACGUGGUGACCACCACUGCAAUCUUAGUCGGCUUGUGGAAACACGAGUGCCAGCGAGUCUUCGCAGACAAGCUCUGCCGAGAUGUGGACAAGAACUUGGUGGAGAAGACUCUGUCAGAGUUCAUGCCCCUCCACUUUGGAGAGCAGUUGGCCUCUGAGAACAAGAACACGGAAUGGUUCGCCGAUUUCCUGAGAGAGAUCGAGUUUGACGAGGAAACCGGUGAAGAGAAAGGUGCUCCCAAAGUCUACGAGCCAGCUGAGUGGGAGCUGGUCAAGAGCAAGGCCUACUUCUACCUGGGCAAGUACAAUGAAGCCUACCCGGCGAAGGCCAUGCAGCUGGUGCUCUUCGAUGAGGCCAUGCAACACCUGAUGAAGAUCAACCGUACCAUCCAGCAAAAGCGCGGCAGUGCCAUGUUGGUGGGUGUGGGUGGAAGUGGAAAGCAGUCUCUUGCAAGACUGGCGGCCUUCACCUCGGCGCACUAUGCCUUCCAGAUCACCAUCACCAAGACCUACAACGACAAUGCGCUCUUCGAAGAUCUGAAAGCGCUCUGCAUCCGCGCGGGCGUCAAGGGUGAGAGUGUGACCUUCAUCUUCACCGAUGCCGAGAUCAAGAGCGAGGGGUUCCUUGAGUACAUGAACUCGCUUCUGGCCACAGGCGAAGUGGUUGGCCUCUUUGCAAAGGAUGAGAAGGAUGCCAUGUGUGGUGACGUGCGAAACGACUUUGUCAAGGACAAUCCCAACAUGGAGGAGAACCUCUUGAACAUGUACAACUACCUGAUGGAUCGACUCCGCGACAACUUGCACGUGUGCCUCUGCUUCUCUCCGGUGAACGCCAAGUUCCCCAUCCGCGCGCAGAAGUUCCCUGCGGUCUUCACCGUGAACAUCAAUUGGUUCAUGCCAUGGCCAGAGGCAGCCUUGGUGGCGGUGAGCAGCGCCUUCCUGGGCACCUACAAGUUGGAUUGCAGCGAGCAGGACAAGGGUCGACUCUAUGCCCUCACGGGCAGUUUCCAGGCCAUUACACGAGACUUGUGCGACUUGUACUUCCAGCGCAUGCGCAAGAAUGUCUACGUGACCCCGAAGAGCUUCUUGUGCCUCAUCGACUUCUACAAGGUUCUCUACGCUGUGAAGUAUGAAGAGAUCAACGUCCAGGAAAGGAGCGUGAACGUCGGCCUGCAGAAGCUCAAGGAGGCCUCCGAGUUCGUGGAGAAGUUGAAGGUGGAGCUGAAAGAGCAAGAUGUGGUGCUUCGUGCAGAGGAAAAGAAGACCACGGCACUGUUGGAAAAGGUGAUGGCGGAGAAAGCAAAGGCGGACAAGAAAGCUGAGCAGGUGAAUGGGCAGAAGGCCGAAUGCGAGGCGGAGGCCGACAAGAUUGAAGGCGAAAAGAGAGCGGCCCAAGUGGAGCUUGACAAAGCCUUGCCCUUCCUGCAUGAGGCUGAGUCUGCUUGUAACUCUAUCACCAAGAAGGACAUUACAGAGAUUAAGACCAACAACAAGCCGGUGGACAUCAUCAAGCUCACCUUCGAUGGACUUCAGAUCUUGCAAUCGAAGCCGGUGAUUUCCGUCAAGGCGGAGGAUAGGUUCAUCAACAAGGUCACUGCCACCUUCAUCUUGGACUCUUAUGAGGAGUAUGCCAAGAAAGAACUCCAGGAUAUGAAUUUCUUGAGCAACAUCCUGGACUUUGCCGCCAAUGAUAAGGACAACAUCAACGAUGAGACCUGCGAGCUUCUGGAGCCAUACCUGCGCUUUGACGAGGACGCCUCUAAGAACUGGAGCCCCUUCUCGCACAAGGUGCUGGAUCCCGAGCUGGCCGGCAAAGCCAGUGGGGCAGCAGCAGGUUUGUGCAAGUUCGUGGGGGCCAUGGUGAUGUACCACGGUGCGGCGAAGAUUGUGAAGCCCAAGAUGGAUGCCUUGAAGGUCGCCGAGGCCAAGCUCUCCAAGGCACGCGCCGAGUUGGAGGCCGCCGAGGCGGAGCUGAACAAGGUCCUGGCAGAGGUGGCCGAGCUGGAUGCGGAAUUAGCCAAGGCCCAGGCGGUGAUGAACACCUUGAAGGAGAGUGCGGCGGCGAUGCAGCGGCAGAUGGACGCCGCCAACAAGCUGUUGUCCGGGCUGAGCGGGGAGAAUGCACGAUGGACGGAAGAUUCCAAGAACUUCGCCUUGCGGCGGAAGAGGCUCAUUGGAGAUGUGGGAUGCGUCUGUGCCUUCGUCAUUUACUGCGGCCCCUUCAACUCCGAAUUCCGGGACAAGCUCUAUGCCAUGUUCCAGGCGGACACUCAGAAGCGAAGCGUGCCAGCGCAUGAGAAGACCCCUGUGGUGUCCUUCCUGGUGGAUCAAGGCACCAUCGGUGAAUGGGCCUUGGAGGGAUUGCCCAGUGAUGAGCUCUCCAUCCAGAACGCCAUCAUGGUGACCCGCUCCUCGCGCUAUCCGUUGAUGGUGGAUCCCCAGGGACAGGCCAACCGUUGGAUCAAGUCACGUGAGAAGGCCAGGAUCAGUGAGAACCCAGCGAUGUGCAUCACAACGCUCUCAGCCAAGAACCUCAAGGACCAGAUCGAGUUCACCAUGGGCGAGGGUCUUUGCUUGAUCAUUGAGAACGUGGAGAACGAAGUGGACCCCAUGCUUGACCCAGUCUUGGACAAGCAGAUCAUCAAGAAGGGAAAGAACAGAUACAUCAACGUCAGCGAUCAGAACAUGGACUACAAGGAGUCCUUCAGUCUCUACUUCACCUCGCGACUGCCCAACCCCCACUUCAGUCCAGAGCUCUCGGCCAAAGCCACCGUCAUUGACUUCACGGUGACCUUGAAGGGACUGGAGCAGCAGCUUUUGGGAAAGCUCAUCGGAAUGGAAAUGAAGAGUUUGGAGGACACCCUGGCAGCACUGGAAGAAGAUGUCACCAACAAUACCAAGUCCUUGCAGCUCUUGGACAAACAGUUGUUGGAACGUUUGUCCAACUCCCAGGGCAAUCUGCUGGAAGACACCGAACUGAUUGAGGUGCUGGCCAACACCAAAGCAAAGGCCAAGGAGGUUGAGGGCAAAUUGAAAGAAGCCGAUGAAAGGAAGAUUGAGAUCAACGAGAAGCGAGAGCAGUUCAGACCGGUUGCCACACGAGGAAGCAUCAUGUAUUUCAACAUGACAGACAUGACCAAUGUGGUGAACCCCAUCACUAAUCAGGUUUCAGGAUGGAUGUACAAUUGCUCUCUGCUUCAGUUCCUGGAGCAGUUCGAGAUCUCCGUGCGCAAUUCUGAGAAGGCCCAGCCGACCUCGAAGCGUGUGGACAAGAUCAUCCAUUUCUUGACCUACCAGGUGUACAGGUACAUGAAUCGUGGUCUGUAUGAGCGAGAUAAGAUGCUCUUCAAGCUCUUGGUCACUCUGAAGAUCAUGACCGUGGCCAGUCAGAUCACCUCCGGAGAUGUCUCCAUCUUGUUGAAGGCGGGUUCGAGCCUGGACAUCAAAGCCGAGCGAGCGAACGCCUUCUCGAAGUGGCUCCCAGACAAGGUUUGGCUGAACAUUCUGGCGCUCUCGCGCCAAGCCUUCGGAGUGGAUCAGAUCGUGUUCUUCCGGGAGAUCAUCGACUUCAUGCAACGCAACGAACCUGCCUGGCGCAAGUGGUACGAUGAGAAUGAACCUGAGAGCGUUCCCAUCCCUGACUACGACGAGCGCAUCAACAUGGAUAGGACCUUGGGUCCCUUCUUGCGGCUCACCAUCGUCCGUUCAAUGCGCGAAGACCGCACCACCAUUUCCUGCAGCCAAUUCGUGGAGGCCAUGCUGGACAGCCGGUUCACUGCACCAGUCACUGAUGCCAUUCAGGACAUCUACGAGGAAUCCCAAUGCCGGAAGCCAGUCUUGUACUUGCUCACUGCAGGUAGCGAUCCGACCUUUAGCAUUGAUGAGCUGGCCAAGAAGAAGAAGAAGUACCCCACGGACAAGGUGUCCAUGGGUGAGGGCCAAGAGAGGGUGGCUCGGGAGAAGAACAAUGCAGCCUUUGUCACUGGUGGUUGGGUCAUUCUGCAAAACUCCCACUUGGGAAUUGGCUACAUGUGCGAGCUGGAAGAUGUGCUUUUGAAGACCCCAGAGAUUGAUGAAGCUUUCAGGUUGUGGAUCACUUGUGAGAUUACUCUCCGCUUCCCCAUUGGCUUGUUGCAGAUUGCCAUCAAGGUGACCUUGGAGCCACCAGCAGGUUUGAAGGCGGGUCUCUACCGAACCUACAGCACCAUGGUGUCUCAAGAGCUCUUGGACAAGAUCGAUCUGCCACAGUGGAGAACGCUGGUCUUCGUGCAGGCCUUCUUGCACAGUAUCGUCCAGGAGAGGCGCAAGUUCGGUCCCAUUGGAUGGUGUAUCCCCUAUGAGUACAACAACUCUGACCUGGAUGCAUGCUUACUCUUCUUGGAGAAGCAUGUCUCUGCUACCAUUGUGGCUGGACAGCCGAUCUCCUGGGUCACGGUGCAAUACAUGGUGGCGGAGGCGCAGUACGGCGGCCGCAUCACGGAUGACUUGGACCGUGAGCUCUUCAACACCUACGCGGCCAAGUGGUUCUGCGAUGACAUUUGGAAGCCAUCCUUCACUUUCAACAACUACCAGUCAGACUACAACUACAAGAUUCCCGAAGGCUUGGACAUUCAGCAGUACAAGGAAGCGAUUGACACCAUUCCAUCAGUGGACUCUCCAUUGAUCUUUGGCCUGCACAACAACGCGGAUCUGACCUACCGCAUGAAGGAGGCAUCAGAGAUGAUCAUGACGAUCAUCGAGACUCAGCCAAAAGACUCUGGAGGCUCAGGUGGCAAAUCCACCGACGAGAUCGUCAAGGACUUGUGCAUGGACUACCUCUCAAAGAUGCCUCCGGACUUCGUCGAGGAGAUCUUCCGUGCACAGAUCCAAAAGCUCAAUGGGCCCAAGGACAAAGGAGUCGUCAUCGACAAGGGCUUUGGCGCGCCGCUGAACAUCUUCCUGUUCCAGGAGUUGCAGCGUUUGCAGAACAUCAUUGGCAUUGUGCGGACGAACCUCAAGAACGUGGCCGCAGCCAUUGAUGGCACCGUGGUGAUGACGACCGAGCUGAUGGAAGACUUGGGCUUCCUCUUCGAUGCCCGAGUACCUCGAGGUUGGACCAACGAUCCCAGCGGCGCCGAGAUCUCUUGGCUGAUGCCGAAUCUGGGAGGAUGGUUCACCGGCUUGACCGAGCGUCAGCAGAUGUUGAACACCUGGCUGGAGCAGGGGCGAGAGAAGAUGAAGGCCUAUUGGAUUACUGGCUUCACCAAUGCCCAGGGCUUCCUCACAGGGAUGCGUCAGGAGGUGACGCGACAGCAUAAGAAGGAUCAAUGGUCCUUGGAUGAAGUGAUCUCCCACACCGAUGUGCUGGCAAAAGACUUGGAGCGUCUGGGAGACAACACCGGGCCACCGGAAGAGGGACAGAACAUUUGGGGCCUGUACAUUGAAGGUGGUCGAUGGAACAGACAGGAUAGCCGCAUUGAAGAGUCGGAACCGAAGAAGCUCUUCACCACCAUGCCGGUGAUCUAUGUCACAGCGAUCAACAUGAAGGAUCUGAAGGGCAUGGGCCUCAACUAUGGGCCGCACGGGCCAUACAACACGGCGGUGUACAAGUACCCCAAGCGCAGCUGGGCUGGAUGGGCUCCCUCCUUGGUCGCCCUGCGCCAGGCCAGCGCGGCCCUGCAGCGCAUGGGACGCCAGGAGGUGAGACGAUGCUUGGUGCAGCAUCUUCAGGUGCUUGACACAGCGACUCUGGAUGAGGAGGAGAGCCGGUCCUUGGCCACCGUGGCGGAUUUGCUCUCCAGCCUUCCGGAGACGGAGGACACAGCCUCCGCUCCCGCCUGGCGCGCAGUGGCGCGGAGCGCCCUGGGGGCGACCGGCAGUGCGGGCUGCGCGCAGCUGAGCCGCAGCUUGGUCUCUGCCCCACUCCUUCUAGAGCCCAUGAAGAAGGCCUUGGACGCCACGCUGCACCGUGCGGCGCGGCACGCGGAGACGCUCCACGCUGACGAGGUCGCCCUUCUCCUCAAUGCUGCGGCCCGAGCAGCAGAGAAAGUGAGGGACCUGGAGCUGAAUGCAGAGGCAUCCUUGGUGGUGAUGAACUUGGCAUCACGCAUGGCCGAGCACUUGCGCGAGAGCCAGGCCAGCCCCAGGGAUGCUGCCAACGCCUUGGAUGCCUUGGGCCGCUUGCGCCUCGAACACUAUGAGCUUUGUGAAGCGUUCGCCCAGUAUUUGCCGAAGCACUUGGACCAGUUUGGUCCCAAAGAUGUGGUCGGCGUGUGUACAGCUUUGGGGCGACUGAAGGAGCAGGAUGAAGCGUCGCUGCUCGCGAUGGCGGGGUUGAUCUCCAUGGAGAUUCGGCACUAUUCCAUCCGUCAACUGGCCGAGAUCUUGACGGCCUUUGCGCGCUUGCGCGUCCGAGAGAACACCAUGGAGUUUUGUGCUCGAGAGGUGAAAGUGCAGGCACAUCGCCCUGAGGAUGUUGUGGCAUUGCUUUCUGCUUGGGGCAGGCUUCAGGCGCUGCAUGUGGGAGCCAUUGAGGAAACCAGCAGCGUUUUGAUGAAAGACGACGGCUCCGGCGUGCUCGAGAGCCUUGGUCCCACGGAUUUGCGAGAGGUCGUGGUGGCCUAUGCGCGCUCGCGCUGGGCAUGUCAGCCGAUGGUGAAAGCUGUGGGCGACCAAUUGAGUAUGCUGGAAGGAACUGAUUUGAGCUUGCUGCAGAUCUUGGCUCCUGUCUUGGUGGCCUUCUCCAGACUGCGCUGGCCCCACACCAGGCUCCAAGAGCGAACAUUGACCACUCUGCAGGACUUGGAGGUCUUCUUCCAACGCCUCAUCCGAUCAGCCACCGGCACCGUCAGACCGACCUCAGCACCGGGGUUCCGGUUGCGAAUCCGUACGGGUCCAGGACCAUCCGAAUCGCUCGGAUGCCCGACCCCCCGUAAGACCAUCCGAAAAGGAGGUACCUGGACCCUAUGGGGUAGAGAUAGGGGGUGGGAUUGCACCUCUGUCCGCCGAUGCCAUCCCAGGGACCGUCGUUCGGACGACGCUGCGUGA